UUUUGACUCCAUCUGUGAAGGAGGCCCAGUUUUCCCACUGACGGAGGCAGCAGUUUGGUGCCAGUUAAUCAUUUCUGAUCUCUCCACGCUGCCUCACAGACUCGACCCUCUACACCUUUCAUUUAGAGAAGCGGUCUCCAUCUCUUCAGACAUGUUUCCCUGCUUAUUUCUUGUCCUGGUGUUUUGGGGCCCGGUUGGCGGCGGGCCCCUGACAAACCCCCACCCCGACAUGACGGACCAGGAGCUGUUCUGGGGCAGCGACCAGUACGACUUCUCCGUGGUGCUUCCUUCUGCAGGGUUGGAGUGUUUCUGGCACUUUGCUCACCGCGGAGAGAGAUUCUACGUGAGCUUCAUGGUCCAGUGGGUGACGGGAGUCGGCCACGACAGACACCUGUCUGUCAGCGUGAACGCUCCCAGCGGUCUGUUAGUGUCGACUGUUGAUGAUGCAAAGGGUCAGAUCAACUUUGAGGCCGAGGAAACAGGUUUCUAUCAGAUGUGUUUCAGCAACUUCCACAACCACUUUGGCACCAUGCAGGUCUAUCUCAGCUUCGGCGUUUAUUACGACGGCUUCCAAGACCCGGACAAGCGCAAGGAGGACGAGAAGAAGAAGAAAGAGGAAGUCAGCAAAGACCUGAACAACACUCUGAGCGUCAUAGAGGAUGCGAGUCACAAAGUUGAGAAGUACGUCUUCCACAUGUUCCGUUACUACAGCUUCGGCCGCAUGAGGAAGAGCGCCGACUACUUCCUGCUGCUGUCCAACUCGCAGUACAUCACCUGGUGGUCGACGGCCCUGAGCGUCCUCAUCGUCGCCUCGGGUUACCUGCAGCUCCUCUUCCUCAAAAGACUCUUCAUCACCAAGACCUUCACGGAGGAGGAGAAGCCCCGCUGCUGACAGACUCGUUGACUGUCGGGAUGUUUAGAAACAUUAAACCCUGUCUGCAUGUGUGAGGGUAGGGAGCACAUUUUUCUUCCUGGUAUUGUAUCUGUGUACUUGUGUUUCUUUACACAGUUUAAAUAAACUUUACUGUUAGAUGAUCAUGUGA